UUACAAGCAAAAACGGAUGACAAAUACAGAAAUAAGAAAGUUAAAGCGAUCUUGUAAUGUAAAUAAACAAAAAAAAUUACAAAAGUUAUUUAAAAUUUCCCAAUGACAUAAUAAUAGAUACGUACAUUCACUAGGGCAGCUAAAAUAAAGUUUGCAGAAGUUGUAGCUGGAAAGGAAUCUAUUUUUCCCAAGUAAACACUAACGCGAACAGAUUUUGUAACACUUAAUUAUACUGUCCUUUUAAAAUUAAUUUCAGGCAAUAUUAUGGAGAAUGAGUUAAAAGCUGCUUUGAAACUCUCUAGUGUUAAGUUCCGAGGAUCGGCAACUGGUGGUUGUAUUCAUGAAGGAAAAAUCUAUGUUACAGAGAAUGGACCAAUAUUUGUUAAAAUUAGCAAAGACCCUAUGGCUCGACCAUUGUUUGAAGGUGAAAUAGCUGGUUUGAGAGCAAUACAUAACACAAAAACAGUUAGAGUGCCUACACCUAUAGAGAUUGUUGAAUUAAGCAAAGGUCUUUGUCUAGUAAUGGAAUAUGUUGACAUGAGGAGUCUUACUAAAGCCGCUAUUGAAUUGGGAGAUGAACUGGCAAAAAUGCAUCUGCACAACCGCAGUUUGAAAUCAAAUGAGGCAUCUAUUCACAAAAACACAAAUGAUGGUGUUCAGUACAUUGAUCAGUACGGUUUUCAUUGUCCUACCUACUGUGGUCGUAUUAUUCAAGAUAACACUUGGAAGGAAAAUUGGGCGGAAUUCUUUGCUCAAAAAAUCGAUAGUCAGUUGAAACUGAUUGAAUCAGAUUAUGCCGACAGAGAAGCAAGAGAACUUUGGUCUGAGUUGAGUCUCAAAGUGCCAAAUUUUUUCAAGGAUGUCGAAGUAACCCCAUCCCUUUUGCAUGGAGAUUUAUGGUCUGGCAAUGCUGCAAGCGCUCCAGAAGGCGCCAUUAUUUUCGAUCCUGCUUCAUUCUAUGGUCACGAUGAAUAUGAUCUGGCUAUAGCAAAGAUGUUUGGAGGUUUUUCUCAGGCAUUCUUCACAGCUUAUCACAAUGUUUUGCCCAAAAAGCCUAAUUUUGAAAAAAGAAUAGAACUGUACCAGCUGUUUCAUUAUCUCAAUCAUUGGAAUCAUUUUGGUACUGGUUAUAGAAGUUCUUCUAUAUCGAUAAUGAGAAGCUUGUUACAAAACUUGUAAACAUUUACAUCUAAGGGAAACUGUAAAACGAACAAGUUGAGAAUCCUGUUGGGAUCUUCGAAACAAGUUUCGUGGUCCAAAGAGCAGCAAAGUGUGAUAGAUUUGUAACUAAAAUUUGUAAAUAUACAAGAGAAUAAAGAACUAAAUUAACAAUUA